GUCUUUACCCAAAUUAAGCAGUCAAGACGAAGAAGGGGGGGCUGGUCAUGGCUAUGGUGGCGGGCCACAACACUUUGAACCCAUUCCUCAUGAUCAUGAUUUUUGUGAAAGAGUUGUUAUAAAUGUAAGCGGGUUAAGGUUUGAAACACAAUUACGAACGUUAAAUCAGUUCCCCGAUACGUUACUGGGGGAUCCAGCUCGGAGAUUACGGUACUUUGACCCGCUGAGAAACGAAUAUUUUUUUGACCGUAGUCGACCGAGCUUCGAUGCCAUUUUAUACUAUUAUCAAAGUGGUGGCCGACUACGGAGACCGGUCAAUGUCCCUUUAGACGUAUUUAGUGAAGAAAUAAAAUUUUAUGAAUUAGGUGAUCAAGCAAUUAAUAAAUUCAGAGAGGAUGAAGGCUUUAUUAAGGAAGAGGAAAGACCAUUGCCGGAUAAUGAAAAUCAAAGAAAAGUUUGGUUACUUUUUGAGUAUCCAGAAAGUUCACAAGCCGCCAGAGUUGUAGCCAUAAUUAGUGUAUUUGUUAUAUUGCUAUCAAUUGUUAUAUUUUGUCUAGAAACAUUACCCGAAUUUAAGCAUUAUAAGGUGUUCAACACAACUACAAAUGGCACAAAAAUCGAGGAAGAUGAGGUGCCUGACAUCACAGAUCCUUUCUUCCUUAUAGAAACGUUAUGUAUUAUUUGGUUUACAUUUGAACUCACUGUUAGGUUCCUCGCAUGUCCGAACAAAUUAAAUUUCUGCAGGGAUGUCAUGAAUGUUAUCGACAUAAUCGCCAUCAUUCCUUAUUUCAUAACAUUGGGUACUGUCGUAGCCGAAGAGGAGGAUACAUUAAAUCUUCCAAAAGCGCCAGUUAGUCCACAGGACAAGUCAUCGAAUCAGGCUAUGUCCUUGGCAAUAUUACGAGUGAUACGAUUAGUUCGAGUAUUUCGAAUAUUUAAGUUAUCUAGGCAUUCGAAGGGUUUACAAAUUUUAGGACGAACUCUCAAAGCCUCUAUGCGGGAAUUAGGUUUACUUAUAUUUUUCUUAUUUAUAGGCGUUGUACUCUUCUCAUCGGCGGUUUAUUUUGCGGAAGCUGGAAGCGAAAAUUCCUUCUUCAAGUCCAUACCCGAUGCAUUUUGGUGGGCUGUUGUCACCAUGACAACCGUUGGAUAUGGUGACAUGACGCCGGUCGGAGUUUGGGGAAAAAUUGUGGGAUCACUGUGUGCCAUUGCUGGUGUCUUGACAAUCGCUCUACCGGUACCGGUUAUUGUCAGUAAUUUCAAUUAUUUCUAUCACCGUGAAACGGAUCAAGAGGAGAUGCAGAGCCAAAACUUCAAUCACGUUACUAGUUGUCCAUAUUUACCUGGUACAUUAGGUCAACAUUUAAAGAAAUCAUCGUUGUCUGAGUCCUCAUCAGAUAUGAUGGAUUUGGAUGAUGGUGUCGAAUCAACGCCGGGACUGACUGAUACGCAUCCUGGUCGUUCGAUGGUUCCAUUUUUGGGAGCCACCCAUCAACAUUCUCAUAUAGCUCCAACAACGGCCUCGUGCGCCACCGCCGCCGCUGGCGUCGCCAAUAAUACGGCGGCGUCUGCUAUAACCACAACCCUGCCAGCAACGCCUCAGCAACAAACGCCAGACAAACAGCAGCAGCAGCACCCGCAGCAACAACACCAGUUGCAACAACAGCAGCAGCAACAACAAAUCCAGUUGCAAAAUGGCUAUAAACAAUCUGCCAUCAGUGUUACCAGCAGUGGUAACAUCCAGACCCAUAGGCAUAAUAAUGCUUUGGCCGUUAGUAUCGAAACCGACGUUUGACUACUGGUAAAAAAGACGUUACGUGCGAUAUUUUGGCCUUGUACAAUACGUUGGAUGCCAGAAACGACUACCAAAGCUGUUUAAACCAAAAAAAAAAGAACAAAACAAAAAAUAAUAAUUUAUGCAAAUAUUUAAUUUUAAGUAGUAAUUUAAUUAAAUUGA